GUUUACAAAGAGAAACAUGUCGGAAGUAGAUAAAGCCCACUUGGCGGCAAUUAACAAAGAUGUUCAAGCCAACGACACUCUUUUCGGAAAAAUAAUUCGAAAAGAGAUUCCAGCGAAAAUCAUUUUUGAAGAUGAUGAGGCUCUCGCAUUCCAUGAUGUCUCUCCACAAGCUCCAAUUCAUUUUCUUGUGAUCCCUAAGCGUCGCAUUGAUAUGCUCGAGAAUGCCGUUGAUUCGGAUGCUGCGCUUAUUGGAAAGCUUAUGGUUACUGCUUCAAAGGUUGCAAAGCAGCUCGGCAUGGCCAAUGGAUACCGUGUUGUUGUGAACAAUGGAAAAGAUGGAGCUCAAUCAGUUUUCCAUCUUCAUCUCCACGUUUUGGGAGGACGUCAGCUCCAAUGGCCACCUGGAUAAAUAUUGCAUUGCUUACAUUCUGCCACUAAUUCAUUAUCAGUCUUGUAAACAAAUCAGUAAAAAAUUAUAUUUAUAUUUAUUUCCAAAACUAUUUUAAACCGUGGCAUCAUGUUUUUUGAAAUAAAUGCAUU